UACUCCUACAUUCCACACAAGAGUCAAUUCUCUCUCUCUAUCUCUAUCUCUAUCUCUGAGCAAAAUCGAGAGAUGAAGCUCCAAACCCAAUCCUUCGCUCUCAACCUUCUCCCAUCCCCAAACCUCUGCAAACCCAUCGCCAAACGCGAAUUCAUCUCCCCGAAACGAGACCCAUCUCGCCCAAUCUCCCUCCGAUGCUCCUCCGUCUCCACGCCGCCGCUAACGGCGACGACCAAUCACCAUCUCUCCGCCGCGUCGAGCCACAAGCCCUUUCCGGCGGAGGUUUCGAGGAGCAUCAUGGAGCUUUCCUCCGUCGGAACCCUCUCCACUCUGACCCACGACGGGUGGCCGCUCGGCGUCGGCGUUCGGUUCGCCGUUGACGGAGACGGCACUCCUGUUCUCUGCCUCAGUCGCGCCUUGUCUCCUGACAAGAGGUCUGCUCUUCACGUUCAGUUGGAGCAAUGUGGACUGAGGACUCCUCAGUGUACGAUUCAAGGUAGCAUUGCUCGACCUGGUGACGACCAUGUUGUAAAGCGUCUUAGUGCUACAUGGAGGAAAAAGUUUGGAGAACAAGUUGAGGAAGACAGUUUAUAUGUUGUUGCUGUUGACCGUGUGCUUCAGAUGGAAGACUUCAUGGAGGAUGGAGUUUGGGUGGCGUCAGCAGAUUAUAAAAAUGCAAGUCCUGAUCCUCUUCGAGGUGUUGCAGAAGACAUUGUCAACCAGAUUAACGCUAACAACAUGGAAGACAUUUUCCGUUUCUGCAACGUAUACGUUGAUCUUGACUUUGUGGUUUCAGAGACAAAGAUGAUUUGGAUGGAUAGGCUUGGAUUCGACCUCCGAGUGUGGUCUCCACGAGGUGUAUACGAUGUCAGGAUUCCUUUUCCAAUGGAAGUAACAGAUGAAAAAGGAGCCAAAUCAUCGUUUAAUGGAAUGUCACAGCUCGCUUGGGAAGUAGAGAAAAGUUAUUGCCCUGCAGAUUUCAACAAGGUUAAACUACUUAAGCAAGUAGUUGGAUCAUCACACAAGGGAGGACAGUAGCCGUUUCAUUAACUCAUCUUUUUUUGUUCACAUUCUUUACUAGUGGAUGCCAAAAUAUGGCAUUGGUCUCUGUUGUAUCUCUUGGAUUAGUAUAUUUUCUGAGUAAUAGUGCUUGUACCCACCACUUGAAGUAAGAUUUGUUAUCUAUUUUGGUUAUUACC